GGUUAUCCUGACGAAUGUGCAGAAAUCUGCAAUCAGCUGGAGCAUUUCAAGAGCUUUGAUCCUGGGCUGAAGAGAAAAACCGGGACGGUUUGGCACAAUGACUUGUCAUUCAGGGCCUUAGCAACGUGGCAAAAUUUGGCUGUUUUCAAGCUGCCUCCCCCCUCCCCCCAAUCCCUUCGUUUCUGGGAGAUCUGAGCUGGCUUCCCCUGCCCUGGGCAUUCCUUCCCUUCUUUUACUUGCUGCAGAAGGGACAAGUCUACCAUGGCCGGGGACAGACUUCCACGCAAAGUGAUGGAUCCCAAGAAGCUUGCCAGCCUUUUGAGGAGUGGGUCCGAAGGCAUGUUGGUCAUUGACAGCCGCUCCUUUGUGGAGUACAACUCUUGGCAUGUCCUCAGCUCUGUCAACAUCUGCUGCUCCAAGCUGGUCAAGAGAAGGCUUCAGCAAGACAAGGUAUCCAUCACAGAGCUCAUCCAGCCGUCCUCCAAUAUCAAGGUAGAGGCUGAAGAGCACCAAGUUGUGGUGGUUUACGACCAGAGCACGCGGGAUGCAAAUGGACUGGCAGCCGACAGCUUCCUCUCCAUUCUCCUAGGCAAGCUGGAAAGCUGCUUCCACAAUGUCUCCAUCCUCACAGGGGGCUUUGCCACCUUCUCAUCUUGCUUCCCAGGACUCUGUGAAGGGAAACCCACUGCCAUCCUGCCAAUGAGCAUCUCCCAGCCAUGCUUGCCAGUGGCCAAUGUUGGCCCAACUCGCAUCCUUCCUCAUCUCUACCUAGGCUCCCAGAAAGAUGUCUUAAAUAAGGACCUGAUGACCCAGAAUGGGAUAAGCUACGUCCUCAAUGCUAGCAACUCUUGUCCCAAGCCAGAUUUCAUUUGUGACAGUCACUUCAUGCGCAUUCCGGUCAAUGACAAUUACUGUGAGAAGCUCCUUCCCUGGCUUGACAAGUCCAUUGAGUUCAUUGAUAAGGCCAAGGUAUCCAGCUGCCAGGUGAUAGUGCACUGCUUGGCGGGGAUCUCCCGAUCGGCCACCAUUGCCAUUGCAUACAUCAUGAAGACCAUGGGCAUGUCUUCAGAUGAUGCCUACAGAUUUGUCAAAGACCGGCGUCCCUCCAUAUCGCCCAACUUCAACUUCCUGGGUCAGCUCCUAGAGUAUGAGAGAAGCCUGAAGCUGCUCAAAGCUCUGAAGGCCCAAGGGGAGAAGGGUGAAGGGGAAUCCCAGCAAGAUCUGUUGGAAGCACCUGAAGGCAACAGGCACCAGACACUAUCUACCUCAGAAAAGGCUGAGGAGCUAUUAAAAAGCACAACCUUGGUGGACUCUGAGAAGCCAACAGGAGUUUCCAAGGUGGUCUCGCCUACAGCACUACAGCAAGGACUCAAUGGGCUACACUUGUCAUCAGAGCGUAUCCAAGACACCAACCGGCUGAAGCGUUCGUUCUCCUUGGACAUCAAGUCAGCCUACUCUCCUAGCCAGAGGCAAGAAGCCCCAGGUCCAGUGGAGGCAGGAGAAACUCCCAAGCUGUGCAAGCUGGAUAGCCCUUCGGGCCCCAAUGGUACAUGCCAAUUCUCCCCGGUUCCAGAUAGCCCCGACUGGCCCAGUGGGCCCGACUUCCUCCUGGAGGCCAAAGUACGACAGAGACGAAAGCACAGGCACCAAGCCGGCUCCCCUGCCCAUGGGCUGAGCCUUAAUUUCAGCGGGAUGUGUGCCAUGCAUAAAAGCAGCAGCAUGGAGGACAGUCUCAAGCAGACGCUUCGGAUGAGCCUUCCCAGUGCAGGGCAGCAGCUGCCGCAGCCAGGCACAACACCGGCCUCUUCUAGCACUUGGGGGAUGCACUUGGAGUCUCCCGGCACUCCUUCCUCUGAAAACCCCUGGUACUUCAGCACAGACUCAGCAGCAGGUAGCAAAAGCAGCGGGAGUGGGGCUCUCUUUGCCAGUGCCACUACCUACUCUUCGUUCAGCUGCAGCACAAUCCAGGCGAGCUGCGAGAUCAGACUGAGGGACAAGCAGCGGGGGGAGCCACGGGAUGUGCGGCACAGCUGGCAUGAGGACACUGCGGCCGAGAAGCAGUUCAAGCGAAGGAGCUGCCAGAUGGAGUUUGAGGAGACCUUGUCAGAGAGCAGGUCUCGGGAAGACCUGGGCAAAAUCAGCAAACAGUCUAGCUUUUCAGGCAGCAUGGAAAUCAUUGAGGUGUCCUGACGUUCACCUUGUGAGAUUUGAGAGCAAGGGUGCGUGCAUCUGUGAGCCGGUGGGUGGGUGGGAAGUCUGGUGAGAUAUUUAACUACGGAGGAAAAGGGCACGGGUGACGGUGGGAGCAUUAUUUAUAUACCUGUGUGUUUCCAAAGGGCACACGGGCAAAAUCGUUGGCAAAGCUAAAUGAACCCAAAGUCAAGAAACAUAAAGGUGCAUGCUUAGUGCCCCCUUUUGUACCUACCUCCACCACCAAGACAAACCACACCACAUUCCCUUUUUGGCCGGUGGAGAGUGUAUUGACUCUUAGAUCCUGGAUUCUUUCACAUGCAGACAGUGCUCUCUCCCCACCUUCCCCAGUAUGGGAAAGGGGAGAGCUGAGGUGUGACUUCAGAGUUGGGGUGAAAGAAAAACUGGGGAGAAAUUUAAAAUCGUAAAGGCUUCCACCAUUUAAAAAGUUUUUCCUGGAGGAAGAUUGUUGUUUGAUCUGCAGAUUUGCAGUGGGGGGAGUUUAAGGGAAGCAGGUUCUUUUCUUGUAAAGAGUGCAUUAGCAGUUGUUAAUAUUACAUUCCUAUCUUACCUAUAGGAAAUUACUGAAGAUUUUGUCCAUCCACUCCCGUUACAGGAAGGGAGUUUCUUUUCUGUCCCAUCAGGGUUGGACAUUAUAUAUGGGUGGCUCCUUCCCAGACUGGAGUGCAGAAACCUGGAGAGGCUAAUUUUCAAUGGCUUCCCUUGGUGUAUGUGUCCCCCCCCCCAUACUAAGCAUGCUCCUCUGUGUUUCUCUGGCUAGAUUCUUAAACGCUGCACUACAGCGGCCCUAUACAUAUAUAAAUAUAUAUUAUAUAUAAUAUAAAAAGAGAGAGAGACACAAAGAAAAAGUUUAAAUGGUUUUACUACAGUUUUUAUUGAGACAAAUAAUAUUUCAAAUUUUCUUUUUAAUUUAUUUGAAGCUGUUCAUUCUGGCAAUGAUUUUCAGACAAUGUAGGGGCGGUACUUAUCAGCUGUAUUUUUACUGUGUAUGGUAUUUAAAACUGAAACAUGAGUUUCAAAGCAA